CCGGAGCGGGCAAGUGUAUUUUUCUGUCCCUAUCACCUCGCAAGGCUGGCCUCUACACGGGAAUAAUGCAAUGUCAUUGAAAAUGUUACCUCGUAUAUCGUAGCCUACGUUUAUUCAGAAUGCGCCUCGCCCGAGAUAUAAGCACAGACAAUAGCACGCUAAUGCUGACUUCGUAUUGAAAUGAUUUGUAUCAGGUGGAUGUGAGCUGCGGUGGCUCAAGCGCAUCGGUAACGAAGCUGCAUGCUGUAAGACCAUUAAAUAAAAAGAAAACCAAGCUGUUUAUAUCGUGGUUGUUCCAGCAGUGACGACCCUCCGGACGUCGUAACCAUGAGCGGACAGGACGAAAGUUCGGUGCGGGUCGCGUUGAGGAUUCGUCCUCAGCUGGCGAGGGAGAAGAUCGAGGGAUGUCACAUCUGUACGUUCUGCAUGCCCGCCGAGCCCCAGGUGAUGCUGGGUAAAGACAAGGCGUUCACUUACGACUACGUGUUUGACAUGGACUCCCAGCAGGACAUCAUCUACACACACUGCACUGAGAAACUCAUCGAGGGAUGCUUCGAGGGGUACAACGCUACCAUCUUCGCCUAUGGACAGACUGGUUCGGGGAAGACCUACACCAUGGGCACAGGGUUUGACGUGAACAUCAGUGAGGAGGAGUUGGGCAUCAUUCCCCGGGCAGUCAAGCACCUCUUCAGGGGCAUUGAGGAACGACGGCACUCCGCCACAGAGCAGGGCAAGCCUGUACCCGAGUUCAAGAUCAACGCACAGUUCCUGGAGCUGUACAAUGAGGAAGUGUUGGAUCUGUUUGAAUCAACGCGGGACAUGGAUGGGAAGAGACAGAAGUCCACCAUCAAGAUUCAUGAGGACGCUAGCGGAGGCAUCUACACUGUGGGAGUCACCACGCGCACGGUCACCUCCGAGGCAGAGAUGAUGCAGUGUCUGAAGCUGGGUGCUCUGUCCCGUACUACAGCCAGCACCCAGAUGAACAUCCAGAGCUCGCGCUCCCAUGCCAUCUUCACCAUCCACCUGUGCCAAGUCAGAGUCUGCACUCCAGACGACAGCGAGUCCAAUGAGACAGACGGCCGCCUGGCCAAUGGUUCCUCUGAGAUCAACUCUGAGUUCGAGACGCUGACGGCUAAGUUUCACUUUGUGGACCUGGCCGGGUCGGAGAGACUAAAGAGGACAGGAGCUACUGGGGAUAGAGCCAAGGAAGGCAUCUCCAUCAACUGUGGACUGCUUGCUCUGGGUAACGUGAUCAGUGCUCUGGGGGACAGGAGUAAGAGGUCCACCCACGUGCCUUACAGGGACUCGAAACUCACCCGGCUACUGCAGGACUCUCUGGGAGGAAACAGUCAAACGGUGAUGAUAGCGUGUAUCAGCCCAUCUGACCGGGACUUCAUGGAGACACUGAGCUGUCUGAACUACGCUAACCGAGCCAGGAACAUUAAGAACAAGGUGAUGGUGAACCAGGACAAAGCCUCCCAGCAGAUAUCAGCUCUCAGGACUGACAUUGCCAGGCUACAGAUGGAACUGAUGGAGUACAAGACGGGCAAGCGUAUGGUGGGGGAAGACGGCAUGGAGAGCAUCAACGACAUGGUCCAUGAGAACAGCAUGCUACAGACAGAGAACAGUAACCUGAGGAUCAGGGUCAAGGCCAUGCAGGAGACCAUUGACGCCCAGAGGGCCAGACUCACACAGUACCUCAGUGACCAGGCCAACCAGGUUCUGGCCAAAGUGGGUGAGGGGACUGAGGAAAUUGGAAAUAUGAUCCAGAACUAUAUCAAAGAAAUCGAGGAGCUCAGAGCCAAGCUCCUGGAGAGUGAGUCAGUGAAUGAGAACCUCCGUAAAACCCUGUCCCGUGCCAACACACGUUCCUCCCUGUACGCUGGUGGGGGCUCCUUCUCCCCAGCCCACUUCGCCCCCGAGAUAGUGGCUUCCGACAUCAUCGAGAUGGCCAAGAAAGAUCUGGAGAAACUCAAGAAGAAAGAGAGGAAGAAAAAGAAGAGUGUGGUCAAGGAGGGGGUACCAGACAACGAACAGGAACGAGGCAACGACGAGGCUGAGGGGGAGGACCACGUCAGUGACCAUGAGGAAGGAGAGGAGCUGGAGGGAGAAGAGGAGGAGUAUGAGAUGGAGGGAGAGGAGAGCUCGGACGAGUCCGACUCUGAAGAACUGGAUGAGAAAGAGGACUUCCAGGCGGAUCUGGCCAACAUCACGUGUGAGAUUGCCAUCAAGCAGAAGCUGAUAGACGAGCUGGAGAACAGCCAGCGCCGUCUGCACACGCUCAAACAGCAGUACGAACAGAAACUCAUGAUGCUGCAGAGCAAGAUCAGAGACACACAGCUGGAGAGGGACAAGGUGCUGCACAACAUGGGCUCAGUGGAGACUUGCACGGAGGAGAAGGCUAAGAAGAUCAAGUUAGAAUAUGAGAAGAAGUUGAGCUCUAUGAACAAGGAGAUGCAGAAGCUGCAGUCAGCCCAGAAGGAACACGCACGCCUCCUCAAGAACCAAUCACAGUACGAGAAACAGCUCAAGAAACUCAACCAGGAUGUGGCUGAGAUGAAGAAAACAAAGGUGGGCCUGAUGCGCCAGAUGAAGGAGGUGCAGGAGAAAAACAGAGUGUCAGAGUGCCGACGCAACAGAGAGAUCGCUACUCUGAAGAAGGACCAGCGCAAACAUGAGCACCAACUGAGACAGCUGGAGGCUCAGAAGAGGCAGCAGGACCUGGUACUACGCAGGAAAAAUGAGGAGGUGACAGCUCUGAGGAGACAGGUGAGGCCCACCUCAGGGAAGGUGAACAGAAAGGUGAGCCUACCGGAGCCCCUCCAGGAACCUUCACACCGUGGCAUCCCAGGCAGACCUCACUCUGCUGGGGCAGUAGCCCCCAAUGGAACCCCAAGGAAGUACCCGUUGAGGACGGGGAGUGUCUACACCACCAGGACAGCCCGGGCGAAAUGGCAGUCUCUGGAGAGACGCAUCACUGACAUCAUCAUGCAGAGGCUGACCAUCUCAAACAUGGAGGCUGAUAUGAACCGCUUCCUCAAGCAACGUGAGGACCUGACCAAGCGAAGGGAGAAGGUGUCUCGUAAGAGGGAGAAGAUCGCCACAGAGGGGACCGACACGGACCGAAGCAUCCAGUCUUUGAACGAAGAAAUGGAUGCCAUGGCGGCCAACAUCGACUACAUCAACGACAGCAUCGCUGACUGUCAGGCUAACAUCAUGCAGAUGGAGGAAGCGAAGGAGGAGGGAGACACAGUGGACAUUACCGCGGUGAUCAGCUCCUGUAACCUAUCAGAAGCCCGCUUCCUGCUUGAUCACUUCCUGCACAUGGCCAUCAACAAGGGUCUGCAGGCGGCCCAGAAGGAUUCCCAGGUGAAGAUGAUGGAGGGCAGGCUGAAGCAGACAGAGAUCAACAGCGCCACUCAGAACCAGCUGCUGUUCCACAUGCUGAAGGAGAAAGCUGAACUCAACCCUGAGCUGGACGCUCUGCUGGGCAACGCACUGCAAGAGAUAGGUUACCUACUGGUGGGAGAGAAUGGAGAUGACAGCAGUAGUGAUGAGUCCUCUACCAGCCCAGCCACAGAGGGAAGUUUAUUGGCCUCUGACCUCCUGAAACUGUGUGGAGAGGCCAAACCUAGGAAGGCACGCAGAAGGACAACCACCCAGAUGGAGCUGCUGUAUGCUGGUAGUGGGGAAUUUGACUCCCCUACGGGGGACUUUUCUGCCUCCCUGCUACCCCUGGCAGAGGCCCAGGAAGGGACAGGGGACAUGGGGCCAGUAGCAGGACAUCUCGGGGACAGGGAACUCACUGUGUCCCCCUCAGCACUGUCCACCAGGAUAGCUGGACUUUCUGGAGUCUGGUCUUCGAUGGGAGCUGAGAGUAGAUCACUGGAACGCUCACCUCGAACACCCAGGAGGAUGCUAGAGAAGGGAGGACAACCUCCCUUAGACGUCAAGGAACACACACCUAUGGACCCCAAAGGACACCCGGCACGAGAGACAAAGUCACACAUACCCACGCCCACAGCCACCGAGAAGACUAAAAUCACAGACACCAAACAAACGAUGGAAGAGUCGAUUAUAUAUCAUGGACAAAGAGGGGUGAUCAACCCCGUGUCAUCCCCUAAGAGCAGCCAUACUGCCAGACUACAGUGUGUCUAUGUGGCUGAGGGACACACCAAACCUGUCAUGUGUGUCGACUGCACUGAUGACCUGCUCUUCACUGGCUCUAAAGAUCGUACGUGUAAGGUGUGGAACCUGGUGACUGGUCAAGAGAUCAUGUCUCUGGGAGAUCAUCCCAGCAGUGUGGUGUCUGUUAGAUACUGUUCCAGCCUGGUCUUCACUGUCUCCACCGCUUUCAUCAAGGUCUGGGACAUCCGAGACUCCGCCAAGUGCAUACGCACACUCACGUCGUCGGGCCAAGUGAGUUCAGGGGACAGCUGUGUGUCUCUCAGGUCCCUGUCCAUCCCUCCAGGAGAGAACCAGAUCAACCAGAUUUCUCUGAACCCUACGGGAUCCUACCUCUACUCCGCCUCCGGCAACUUAGUCCGCAUGUGGGACCUCAGGAAGUUUGUGUCUACUGGGAAGCUGACGGGUCACCUGGGUCCGGUCUUGUGUCUGACCGUCGACCAGAUGGGCAACGGUCAAGACGUGGUCCUAACUGGGUCCAAGGACCACACCCUGAAGAUGUUUGAGGUGACGGAGGGUGUCCAGGGCAGCAUUGUGUCCUGUCACAACUUUGAGCCACCACACCAGGAGUGUAUCGUCUCUCUGGCUGUUCAGGGGAACAGCCUCUACAGCAGCUCCAGAGACUACUGCAUCAAGAAGUGGGACCUGUCCCGGAAACGACUAGUACAGCAGGCGGCGAGCGCCCACUCUGACUGGGUAAGUGUGCUGGGUGUUGUGCCAGGGUGCCCGGUAAUGCUGAGUGCAGACAGGGGAGGUCUGCUGAAGCUGUGGCACGCUGAUACCCUGGCACCGCUAGGAGACCUGAGGGGACACGACAGCCCUGUUAACGGAUUGGCUACCAACAGCAGCCAACUAUUCACUGCCUCAGAUGACCGGACAGUGAAGAUUUGGCAAGCAAAGGGUUCUUUGGAGGAAGGCAUCCAUUGACACUGAGAAGGAGACCUCUGGACUGUGACCGGACACAACUCUGGGGACCUACUAGAUUACUCUGGAUCUACUACAGCCUAUGGAUGUAUUGCUGCCUGCUGGAUCUACUACUCAAUCUAUUUGCUUGCUGCUCUGCACAAUGAUCCGUGGAUGAAGGACCUCCGAAGAUGGUCACAGGGCAGAUGACCAGCCCUGACACACAUAUGACCCCUUGAGUUCACCAACACAAGACGUUCACUCGACAAGGUUGGAGGAGAGUAGCACAGCAGUCAUGGUAUUCACCUGAAGGACAGUGAAACUCCAGUGUAAUGCCCAUGGUUCUGUCUCAUGCUGUGUCCUCUCUAUACAUAUCGUAGAGGAAUCAUCCACUACAGUGCGUGGAAUCACGCAGGCGGGGGGGAUGUCUUCUAAAUAAAGGCCCUAUGGAGGUUGGUUUUACUUCAGCUGUUACUGCCAAACCCUAUGGGACACUCAUAUAGCCUUAGCGGGGAAUAGGGAUAUCUCAGUAGGAAUAGCACAGUGAACUAAUGGUGUGGGACGGUGUAGCUGAUCUCUGCCACAGAAACAAAGCUCAAUGAGGGUGUGUCGUCAUCAUACUACAAAAUGUGCUUGUGGAUUUUCAUCUCAACCAAAUUCAAGUGUUGCUUUUAAUGUCGUUACCUGCAGAUUGUGUGUGACCAAAGUACAAACCUUCUCUGUGUUAGUCAACGGGCUGUGAUGAGAGUAUCUUUAGCCAACGUUGUACUUGCCUGUGUACAGUACCUCUAUCGUGGUCUUACUCUCUUUGUUUCGUGCAAGUACAUUCAAACCUCAAACUACAAAAAGUGGUUUGAUCUGUAAUUUUCUGUCAAAGUGUUUGUAUUUACGUGUGUUUUCAUGGUGACUUUGAAACCUCCAAAGUUCUGAGCUUCCAUUUCAUGUUUGUAUCCAAUGGCCUGCGUCAAUCAUUUCAGAGCCCAGGUAAAGUGAGGUUACCUGUGCACAGGCGUAUGCCCCAUCUUUAAAUCAACUCAAAAGUGUAUUGGUCGCAUGCACAGAUUUGCAGAUGUUAUCGCAGGCGCAGCGAAAUGCUUGUGUUUCUAGCUCCAACAGUGCAGUAAUACUUAGGAAUAAAACAUUUCUGAGUGAGCUUUCCUGUACCCACGUAUUCCAUUCCCCCAAUCUGAUUCAGGAACGGGCUGAACAGAAUGGAACAAAACAUAGAGGUGUGUGUUAUUAUCAGUGCCUGUCAAUUUUAUACUGUAGAUACAGUAGUACAGUAUCACAACCUAAUCUGUGUGGACUAGCCCAGGAUCUCUAGAUUGGGAUGACAUAGGUUUUAUGACCACAUCUUUAUGUAAAUAAGAAUCCGUUUUUCUUCCUCCUGGACAUAUUGUGCGCAAAGUCCGACUUUUUAGUGAUUCUAAUUUCAUAUGCAGUGUGGAAAUAAAUGUCAUCUGUCAAAAAUAA